GCCUUUCUUAAUCACCGCCGGGUCUUUAUAUACCUUGUCUUCUUUUUCAUUCACCCCACUUUCUUUUUUUCUACUCCUCACCUUUCCCACAGACCUGCUGCUCUGUAUAUUCAGCCCGACCUUCCUCAACCCAACCCACCCACCUACGUAAUACGCGCAACACCCAUCCGCAAUGUCGCUUUGCCAGAACCGCCUGACAGAGGAGAGAAAGCAGUGGCGUAGAGACCAUCCUUUCGGCUUCUACGCAAAGCCUUAUCGAACCCCUCAGGGCGCGCUCGACCUCAAGAGAUGGGAGUGCGGUAUCCCCGGAAAGGCGCAAACACUGUGGGAGGGAGGUCUUUUUAAACUCGACGUCACUUUCCCCGAUGAAUACCCGACCAAGCCGCCUAAGUGCAAGUUUGUGCCUCCUCUUUUCCACCCGAACGUGUAUCCCUCCGGAACCGUCUGUCUCUCGAUCUUGAACGAAGAAGAAGCCUGGAAGCCCGCCAUCACCAUCAAGCAAAUCCUCCUUGGCAUUCAGGAUCUGCUCAAUGACCCGAACCCUGAGUCUCCAGCUCAGGCCGAAGCCUACAACCUGUUCAAGAAAGACAAACCAGCGUACGAGAAGCGGGUCAGGCAGGUCGUGAGAGAGAACCCGGUUCUAUAGGUGAUAUCGUGCACAAAAGCAACAGCUCCUCACAUGAAUCUACGUCUAAUAUGCUAGUUAUGUUUCUACUCCCUCUUACUCUC